GUCCGGCAGAGUGGCCGACCGGGGCCGGGCACCGGUCCCCUUGUCUGGUGCUGUACUGUACCAGCCUCCCGGCACACUCCAGCGUCCUGCUUAUCACCCGGCCAGGGCAUCUUUCUGGGGGACCCAUCCAUCCAUCCAUCCAGGGGUCUGGCCUUCCGAGCACUCCCCCGCGCGUCCAGCAAUGUGAUACAAAUACACGGCGGCCGGCAUGACACCUCCGCCGCCGUGCCGUCCAUCCAACCCUCCGUUGUCACUUGACGAGGCAGCUGCGUGUCUGAUCUCCCAGGAUCCAUUCUCGCGCCUGGACACCACACACAACUACGGCUCCGUCAACAGCACCACCACCGCGAACAUGGGCGUCCCCGUCGAGCCCGCCAUGGUCCACGACCACGAAGGCCUGGCACCCCAGAAGCCUGGUGCCGGCGACACCGCCAUUGUCGAGGCCAUCAACCUCGAGAAGGACCUGACGUUCCGCCAGGCCAUCAAGAUGUACCCGGCCUCGAUCGCGUGGUCCCUCUUUGUGUCCAUCGGCGUCAUCAUGCUGGCUUUCGACCCGCAGAUUGUCGGCAGCAUGUUCGCCAUGCCUCAGUUCCAGAAGGACUUUGGGUACGAGCGCGACGGCGAGUACAUCAUCUCGGCGGCUUGGCAGACGGGCCUCUCCAUGGGUAGUCCGAUCGGACAACUCGUCGGCGCUCUGGCCUCUGCCUACCCCAUGGAGCGUUGGGGCCGCAAGUGGACUUUCUUCGGCUGCGUCGUCCUCACCGCCCUGCUCGUCCUGAUCCAAUUCUUUGCGCGGUCCAUCGAGGUCCUCCUCGUCGGCGAGCUGCUCUGCGGCCUGGUACUGGGCUGCUUCGUCGUCAUCGGCCCGACCUACGCCUCCGAGGUCUGCCCCAUGUCCCUCCGCGGUUACCUCACGAGCUUUACAAACCUGUGCUUCGUCACGGGUCAGCUGCUCGGCAACGUCGUGACGGCUGUGACGUCGGAGCUCGACACGCACUGGGCGUACAGCAUCCCCUUUGCGCUGCAGUGGUUCUGGGUCAUUGUCAUCCUGCCGGGCAUAUUCUUCAUCCCCGAGAGCCCCUGGUGGCUCGUCCGCAAGGGCCGCAUGGAAGAGGCGCGCGCGUCGCUGGGCAAGCUGUCCUCUAAGGGCGUGGACCUCGAUGCCGCGCUCGCCAUCAUCUACGAGACGGACAAGCUCGAGCAGGAGACCGAGGCCGGCAGCACGUACCUCGACACGCUGCGGGGCUCCAACCUCCGCCGUACCGAGCUGGCGAUUGGUGUCUAUGCGACACAGGUCCUGAGCGGUAUCUAUCUCAUCAACUAUGGCACGUACUUCUUCCAGCAGGCCGGUCUGCCGACGCAGUCUGCGUUCUACAUGGGUGUCGGUUUCCUAGCUGUUGGAUGGGUCUGCACCGUCCUCUCGUGGUUCAUCAUGGCUCGCUUCGGCCGCCGGCGCAUUUUCAACAUCGGCCUCGUCGGUCUCAUCACCCUCAUGUUCAUCAUCGGCAUCCUCGACAGCAUCCCCAACCGCCCCGACGGCGUCGCCUGGGCCGAGUCGACCCUGAUGCUCGUGUGGAACGGCUGCUACGACCUGUCGGUGGGCCCCAUCGUCUUCGUCAUCCUGGGCGAGUGCUCGGCCACGCGCGUCCGUUCCAAGACGAUUGCCGUGGCGACCGCCGCGCAGGCCGUCGUGGGCAUCCUCAUGACCAUUGCGAUCCCGUACAUGAUCAACCCGGACCAGGCCAACAUGCAGGGCAAGCUGGGCUACUUCUUUGGCGGCCUGGGCAUCAUCUGCCUCGCCUGGGGCUACUUCCGCAUCCCCGAGACCAAGGGCAGGACGUACGAGGAGCUGGACAUCAUGUUCGACCGCGGCGUGCCGGCCAAGGAGUUCAAGGACUACAAGGUCGAGAGUGUCAUUGCGGGUGGUGCCGUGCCGCAGUGAAAAGCAGUUGCCAUGCGCACAGUGCUCGUGCUGCGCGGUGUUCCGCAGCCCCGGCGUUUUUUAAAUAUCUGGUCAUUCAUGGCCUAUAUAUACCCAAGUAGGAGAUGAGAUGAGAGUCAAGAUGGGCUUAACCUCGAAUUUGGGUGGCCCCACCACAACCGGUAGAUUUAGCGGGCUUAUGGAUUAAUGGGGAGGAUGAAUAGCUACUCUAUCGAUUGACUCGCUGCAUUGCCUGUCCUUUGUCUCCUUGCGUUGACAAUGUGUGGAUUUUUACCAUACCAUUAAGA